AUGGCUGCCAAGUCCACUUUGUACGUGACCUUGCUGCUUUCUUGUGUGGUACCUUUCGGCCAAUCUCUGCUGUUUGGUGCAUUUAACAUACAGGUCCUUGGAAAGACCAAGAUGGGGAAGCCGGAGGUUGUCGAUUAUCUUACCGAGAUCCUGGCUCGCUACGACGUCGUCCUCAUCCAGGAAUUACGGGAUGCGUCCGGGGAAGCAAUUGUCGACCUUCUGAACGCCCUCAACGACUACUCCCCACAUACAUAUGAAAUGAUCAUUAGCUCCCGUAUGGGUCGUUCCUCUUCCAAGGAGCAGUAUGUCUUCUUCUACAAACCUAGCGAAGUGUCUGUAGUUGAUACCUACGAAUACCCAGAGCCUAAUGAUGAAUUCGAGAGACAACCGCUAAUCGCUCGAUUUAAGAAAGUAUGCCCAUGCCCUGGUCUGUCGGAAUUUGCUGUGGUUGGUAUCCACGUUAAGCCUGAUGACGCAGUAGCCGAAGUGGACCACCUCAGUGAGGUGUAUGAUCACGUGGUUAACACGUGGGGGUUACAGGACGUCAUACUGACGGGCGACUUCAAUGCUGACUGCAACUACAUCAGUAGCUCCAAGUGGUCUAGAAUUCGUCUGCGUACUCAGUCCCGCUUCGAGUGGCUGAUCUCCGACUAUGCAGACACCACUGUAUCUAACACCAACUGUGCAUACGACAGGAUUGUCGUUGCUGGAUCUGGAAUGAAAACCUACUCUCGGGCUGCAGCUACGUAUUACUUCGAUGCGGUAUUCGGGCUGGAUCAAACAACAGUGAUCUUUCGAAACCUAACUUUGCGAGGAGUGUACUCCACUAGUAUUCUUGUCACUCGCAAUAAAAACAGGAAAGGUGAACAAGACGUGUUCAUUCACUCGCCGCAAAGCUGUCGAAGCGACGGAGGGGACAAUCAGUUACAUUCGAAUCAGUGGAUAGACAGGAAGCGACCAGCGUACACGAUGCGAUUCCACGCCGUGUUUGGGCUGUGUUUCCUGGCGGUCAUUUUGGUGGGCAGUGGUGCUGCUGUUGAAGUGGCCUCUUUCAACAUCAAAAAACUUGGAGAUAGCAAAAUGAACAAACCACACGUGGUGGCGAUUUUACACCAGAUUCUGAGUCGUUACGACCUUGUAAUGAUACAGGAGUUAACAGCAUCAACACCCGACGCUAUAACCACGCUACUGAAUGGACUCAACGUAUAUUCCGGCAAACAUUACCAAAUGAUAGUAGGUCCCCGGGAGGGGCGAACCAAAGCCAAGGAGGAGUACGUCUUUUUCUACAGGGCCGACUUGUUCUUGGUCAAGGACCAUUAUGCGUAUGUCGAGAAAAAAGAUGAAUUCGAGCGUCAGCCGUACAUUGUACGCUUCAACAGUCUUACUCCCACUUCUCUGCCGUCCGACUUCGCCGUUGUAAACAUCCACACUAAACCGGGCUACAAGUACACUCGCUACGAGAUCGACGCCCUAGUGGAUGUCUAUGAUGACGUAGUUGACAAGUGGGAUUUACAGGAUGUAAUAAUCACUGGAGAUUACAACGCCGACUGCUCUUACGUCAGACCUUCCUAUUGGCCCACCAUCAGAUUGCGAACACAGAGCCGUUUCCGUUGGCUGACGCCCGAUGAUGCCGAUACCACCGUUGCUUCAAACGACUGCGCAUUUGACAGAUUUGUGUUGGUUGGUUCUAAGAUGACUGCCGCCAAUCCCAGCUUCCGUGUCUUCAAGUUCGACUCCGAAUACGGCUUGGACAACUCAUUCGCCAAUGAAGUCAGCGAUCAUUAUCCAAUUGAGUUGACCUUUUGAGAUCGACACGGUUCGUCAUAUGGAAUCUAGCCUUAACGAUAGUAUGUUUUUGAUCGGUUUUUAGAAAUCUACUCCCAAUACUACCUGAAAGUAUACAAAGCAUUAUCCUGAAUUAUUCUAAGAGCUUGUAAUGGACGAUUAAACGCAUAAAAUAAACACUAGAAUGAUCCGUCGAUAAAGCUUUCAAGCCCAUAUCAUGGAAGAUAAUUUUGAAGCUUUUGGUGUGUUAUACCACCAGUCUUUGAUUUGGUUGAUAUCUGCAUGGGUGAAUGGAUAUCAAUGAGGAUGUAACUUAGCCAUAUUUGCCCAAAGUGCACAGAGAUCUCGUUGCACAAAGCAUGCAGUCAGCUGUCCACAAGAUGCUUUUUAUCAGUAUACCCAAAGUGGAAUAUUUCUAAUGGCUUAACUCGUCACAACAGGUGGAGAUCAUUUUUAGAUCGAAAUGACGACAGCCGUAUGGAAAUGUUUUGAGUCAGCUAUAGUGACAGAUUUGGAUGUUCCUUUUUAGUGAAACAUUCCUCAAUCCAAUUUCAAGAAUAAACACAUCGAUGAUCUUUAACUAAUAACUACAACACCCUACAAACAUGUGAUAGAGCUUUAACUAUCCGCAGUUAUGCGUGCAUGUCACGAUGUGAUACGACAGAAAACUCUCUAAAUCUUAAAUUAAAUGCAGACCAAUUGAAAUUGAUUGUGACUGUGGAGUACUGACUCACUCUUGUAACUUAAUGGUCAAACCACACACGUUGGCGGUAAUACCACACUGCAAACACUGUGGUGUUAACAUCAACACUUGUUAUCAGAUGACCACACCAUAGGGUGUCACUUUAACACCGCUAAUCUUAAUUUGCAC